UAUUGCAAACCGUGUUUCUUGUCGCUUUGACCUGUCGGCAUCUUGCCCUUCCGUGCUUUAUUCGGCAAUUUAGCCUCCGCCGCGAGUGUGUCUAUGUGUCGAUUGGAUUUGGCGUGUGUAAUGCGCCGACCGCUGGCGUGCGCAAGGUGAAAAGGUUCUUCGGAGGCAGAUUUUCGCGUGCAAGUGAAAAGCAAAGGAAAAGCGGACGGGAAGAUAUUGCAGGAAAAUAUCAAACCUGUACAAGCAAUAUAACCCUGGUGUUGUGAGACAAAUCCCUAAGCCCGAAGCCGCAGUGGAAGCAGCAUACAAUAACCGUACAGAAGAGGGUAACAGCGUCCCUCACUCGUUGUAUGUGCUUCAUCUGGUGAAAAAAAUAAUCCAACGCAAUUGCGAAGCAAAAGAACGACGGCUUUGAAAGGCGAAGAAUCGUGCCUUUCUGGCGUCGAAACGAAAUAGCAAACCAGAACCGUUUUUCCGGUGAGCACUAGAAUAAAAAAAAUCCUAGUGUGUCGGAGCCGGCUUGUGCGUAAGAAAAAUCAGAAGAAAACAUCCAAAAAUCAACGGCACUAGGCAAUUCCUCUUGGCCGCACGAUUCACGGACGACCAGAAAGAAGAUACCGCUGGCAGGAAGGGUUGGAAAAAAUCAUCAACGAAAAUGGGAAAAAGUAAAAUCCAGUGCAGCAAGUGUCAGAAGAAGUGCUCGGGCGAGGUACUGCGCGUCUCGGAUCGCUACUUCCACAAGACCUGCUUCCAGUGCACCAAGUGCCACAAGUCGCUCGCCACCGGCGGUUUCUUCUCGAAGGAUGGCUCGUACUACUGCACAUUCGACUACCAGAAGCUGUACGGCACGAAGUGUGCCGCGUGCGGUCAGUACGUUGAGGGGGAAGUCGUGUCGACGAUGGGGAACACAUACCAUCAGAAGUGUUUCACCUGCAGCAAGUGCAAGCAGCCGUUCAAAUCGGGCAGCAAGGUAACCAACACCGGAAAGGAAGUGCUGUGCGAAGGCUGCGUGAAAUCUCCACCGGGCAGUGGUGUCGGUGGAGGUGGAGGAGGUGUGGGUUCCCCGGUUGGUGGAGUAGGCGCCGGUAAUGCCGGAGCGGCUACCCGAGGGGGAGGUGCCGGGUCGGCUACGGUGUCGCCCAAGAGUCGCGCGAUCGAACAAAAGCAGGAACAGCGCACGAUCAAGGAGAUCACGUCGAGCCCGACGAAGGCCGCCACCCUCCAGCAUCACCAGGAGACGGUCAAGAAGCAGCAACAGUUGCUGCAGAACGGUGUCAACCGUCAGCCGGAUCCGAACGAGUGUGCCGGCUGCCAGCAACAGCUGAAGGAGGGCCAAGCAUUGAUCGCACUCGAUCGUCAGUGGCACAUUUGGUGCUUCAAAUGCAACGCGUGUGGAACGACGCUGAACGGGGAAUAUAUGGGCAAGGACGGUGUGCCGUACUGCGAGAAAGACUUCCAGAAGUCGUUCGGCGUCAAGUGUGCGCACUGCAAUCGCUACAUCAGCGGCAAAGUGCUGCAGGCCGGCGACAACCAUCACUUCCAUCCGACAUGCGCCAGGUGCACCAAGUGCGGUGAUCCUUUCGGCGACGGCGAGGAGAUGUACCUGCAGGGUGGCGCUAUAUGGCAUCCGCGAUGCGGCCCGGGCCCAUCGUCGGAAGCCGGCAUCUUGAAUGGUGUCGAUACUAAUGGCUUCAACACGGAGACGGAGUUUGAUCGCACCAGCACCAGUGCUAUGAGUGAAAUACAGUUUACGUAUCGUUCGCAAACUCCGAGUGUUAAUGGCUCAGUUUAUAGUCCCUACACGCAUAGAAAGUACCAUCGUACUACGAGCCCGGGCUUAAUCUUGAGGGAAUAUAAAAAUCAGGGCUACGAGGAUAUCGCCCGUAUCUACACCUACAGCUACCUUACGGAGGAGCCAGGAUAUCUGCGCCGCCCGAUCGAACCGUACGAUCGAGCCCCGGUGUCACCGCACUUCCACCGCCCGGUGCAGUACGCAUCGAUGGGGCACGGCGGGGCGAGCAGUGUCGGUACGCGGUCGGCUUCCGGUUCGCGCUCACACUCACGCAGCCGGAGCGCAAUGAAGGUGCUGGUCGACAGUAUCCGGUCGGAAACGCCGCGCCCAAAGAGCCCGGGUAUGAACAACGAGGAACCGAUUGAGCUGAGCCACUAUCCGGCCGCGAAGAAGCCACCGCCGGGCGAGAAACCAAAGAUCGAACGGGAUGACUUCCCGGCCCCGCCUUACCCGUACACGGACCCGGAGCGCCGCCGCCGCUACUCCGAUUCGUACAAGGGUGUACCUGAGUCCGAUGACGAGGUGGAUCAUGCUAACAAUAAGGAGAAUGUUACAGAUAAACGCCACAUGAAGGAGGAAGAAGAGCUUCGCAAACUGAAGUCAUCCGGCAUGGGCACGGUUAUUCUGAAGGACCUGCAGGAAAAAAAGCGAUACGAGCAUUGGAAGCAGGAGAACCUGGACCCGCGUAACGCUUCGCGUACACCGUCGGCUUCGAAAGAGCCGGUGCACCGGAUGCGCUACGAGUCACCGGUCGGGGCGUCGCCUUCACGCAACCUUGAUCACCAGAAGCCGUUCUACGAGGACGAGUUUGACCGCUCGACCAGCUACCGUGGCUCAGUCGGUCGCGCCAUCGGCAACGCUACGAGCUACAAUGCCAUCCAUUCGUACAGGUCACCUCCGAAGCCGGGAUAUGGAUUCAAAACGUCCACACUGCCACCGUCGCUAAGAAACGGUUACAGCUCCGAUUUUUCGUUCAGCGGACUCGGAGAUAAGACCCACAGUACGGAGUUCAGCUGCGGCAAAAGCGACAUUUCCGGCGAUUCCAUAACCGAAGGCGAUCGCCGUGCGUUGGGCGCGGAGAUCCCAGCCUCCAGCACGUAUUCCGGUGCUCUUUCCUACCAUUAUCCACAGCAGCCGACACGUCGCAGCUUGCCCAACAUGGCCCAUUCGAUGCUGGUGCACGAACCGGCCAAAAUCUAUCCCUACCAUCUACUGCUAAUCACCAACUACCGGCUUCCGUCGGACGUCGAUCGAUGUAACCUGGAGCGUCAUCUAUCGGAUGUAGAGUUUGAAGCCAUCCUCCAGUUUAGUCGGUCAGAGUUCUACCGCUUGCCCCAGUGGAAACGCAACGACAUCAAGCGACGUGCUCGUCUGUUUUAAGGGAAGGAAUCGGAACACGAACAAAAUUUAGAAACGGCAAACGAAUGACGGCAGGCCAGUUUUCAGCGUUACAUCAUCGAACCACCCUUGUUGCCGAGGGAUCGGUAGAUAUACCAAAUUCGUGCUAUGUUCCAGCAAUUUAGAAUGUGUUUGUGUUAUUGUUUUUCCUUUGUUUAACGAAUUAACAAGUGCCGCUCGAACGCAUACAGGGGCACAUUUAUAUAUUAUAACUAUUAUUAUUAUUAUUAUUAUUAUUAUUAUUAUUUGAAGUGGCUCCUAGUGCGCUGGAAGCGUCGUUCGCCGUAGUCGUAAAAUUGUCUUCUAAUGUUUGCAAUACAUCCAAUGGACGAACGUUGUUCGCUUGCAGGAUGGACGACCGCCGAUGAGGUUUAUUUAUCAAACUGUGAAACAGACGGUCAGGGGUAAAAUCAAGCUUAGACGCAAUGGUGAGUUCCAAUUCUCUCGCUUCAGACAUCGAUAGCCUGUGGUUGAGGUAAUUUGAAAUAUCUUUUUAAGAAGCGUUGCGUAUGUCAAGAAAUGUUUGAACUUAUAGAUAGCUUUUUUAGCAUUAAUCUGGCCUUGUUCGCCGAAUACGAAAUUUUAGGCAUGUCUUUCUUAGGUGCAGCGUCAAUGUAAUUUUUGCAGAUAGACAAACACAUUAAACAAAUGAAUUCUAAUUCAAAGAAUGCAUUUACAUUUCGACUUGGUACUGCAGAACUGCGUGUUGAAGAACUUCUGUACGAUCGUACCUGUAGGUGUGGGUGUUUCUGCUGCGGACCGGUCGUCGUGGCCCAUACUAUCGCUACGUUCGAAACCAUUCACUGAUCCGAUUAACCAACAAGGAUACUCGAUUACCGGAUGCAAUAGCAAGCAAGUGACGGAAACAUUAAAUUCAGCUAGCCUUAACACAUCUAACUGUAGAUUUUAAAUAGGCAUGGAAUGUGGGUACAAACGGAGUAACAUCCUCCACUGGAGGGAAAUGCGUUAGGUAUGGAAACAAGACAAAACAAGGCGUAAACAUAUGGUGGGGUUUGAUUUAUUUAUGAUUUUUAUUUAUACGAUUGACGGUUAACGCGAGAUAACAUUCAGCCUGUGUCGCUUCGUGGAACAAUAAAAGAACAAACAAAAUCUAAAGAAAAUAAGAAAAGAUACAGAUGUGAAAAA